AUGAUUCUCCCCUCCCCGCGCCUCCGCCGUCUCGUCACCCUCCUCGUCUUCGCCUUCCUCAUCGGCAACGCCCUCCUAUUCCUGGUCCUGCCCUACGACAACCCGCUUGUCCUCGCGCUGCGCUUCAAUGUCUCGGGCCUGAGCAACUGGUGGCGCGGCGAUGGCGUGGAAAAGGACGCUUGGCUGUACUCGCCCGCGAAAUACCCAAUCGACUUCCGGACGGACGUCGGCCUGCUCAUCAAGACCGGCUACGGCACGCGGCACCGUCUGGCGGCCCAGCUCGAGGCCUUCGAGCUGAGCGCAGCAGACGCGGACUCUUUUGUCGUCGUCGGCGACUGGACCCCGCGCGGGAACGGGACGCAUGCCGGGGUGGAGGUGCACGAUGCCGUCGGCGGGGUUAUGGCGAUGCCCGAGAUGCGGAAGCACCACGAUGCGCCGAAGUUCCAGGAGUACAUCGCCUUCCGGGACGCCAUCGAAAAGGGUGACGACCAGCGGGCGACGGAGAUUGGCCAGAGUUUCGGGUGGGAUCUGGAUGCGUUGAAGUUCAUCUGGGGUCUGGAGUUCGUCUACGACAACCUCCCGCGCAAGAAGUGGUACGUCAUCCUCGACGACGACACGUACCUCGUCCAGUCCUCGCUGCGGCUGCUGCUCGCGCACUGGGACCCCGACGCGGCGCAGUACAUCGGCAACGCGGUGGGCGACUUCCGCGGGCGCUUCGCGCACGGCGGGUCGUCGGUGGUCAUCUCGCACGAGGCGGCCGCCAAGCUGCUCUCGCGGCGGGACGUGGUCGCCGCCGCGCAGGAGAGCUCGCUGACAGAGACGUGGGGCGACAAGCUGAUCGCGACGGCGUUUCAGAAGGUGGGCGUGUACCUCGACGAGCGGUACAGCCACUUCUUCAACGGGGAGCGGCCGGGCAUCUCCAAGAUCAUGGGGGACCGGUUCUGCUCGCCGCUGGUGUCGUUCCACGGCGUGGCGGACCCGGCGGAGAUGCGGCGCAUCGGGGGCGCGUUUCGGGGGUUUGAGAGCCCGGUGUUUUGGGGCCAGCUGUGGGAGAUUUACGGCGCGCCGUCGGUGGAGGAGUUUCGGAGCGGUCCAGUGCGGCCGGGAAGGGAUUAUGUGGGCAGGACGGACGAGAGGUCGAAUGAGGUUGGCGGGGUGGAUAAUGCGGAGGCGUGUUUGGAGGUUUGCGAGGGGCUGAAGAAGAAGUGUCUUGCGUGGACGUGGGUUGAGAGUAGCAGGGAGUGUCGGACGAGCCCGUGGAUGAUCAUCGGGGAGAAGAGUAUGGGGCAUUAUUCGGGGAUCAACCGUGAGGAGGUUGGCAGGUUACAAGAGACAUGCUGA